CAUUCGCCGCCCUUCCCAAAUUUCUUCCGCAACAACUCACAAUGUCUUUCAGAAAGUCUGCUAGCGGGCGGAAGCCGGCCGGCACAUUCGAGAUCUUAGACGGCAAGAAGAUCCUCGAGCUAGUGCAGGACGAUGCGGCAUCCACGGCGCAUCUCACGGCGGCCUUCGACGAGCUCGACACUGACGGGAGCGGCACCUUGAGCCGCGCGGAGCUGCGCCCCGCGUUCCUGCGCAUGGCGCGGCUGGCGGGGCUGCCGGAGGCGGGCAGCCGGGCGGAGGUGGACCGGGUAGUGGACGCCGUGUUCGGGCUGCGGGCGGGCGACGACGACGAGCGGGGCGUGCUGCGCAAGGACGAGUUCGUCGCCGCGGCCAAGGCCGUGCUCUCCGACGUCGCCGCCGCGCUCGCAGCGGAGCCGUUGCUGGUGCAGGUGUUCAACGGCGCGGCGCUGCGCCACAUGGCGGGCAGCGCGGAGCAGCGAGCGGCGGUGGCGGAGGCGGCGUUCAAGCAGAUGGACGCGGACGGCAGCGGCAAGCUGUCCAAGAAGGAGCUGCUGCCCGUGCUCGCCGCACUCGGCAUCGAUGGCAUGCCGCCCCCCCAAGUGGCGGACGCCAUGCUGUCGGCGCUGCUGGAGGAGUACGCGGGUGGCGCGGACGAGAUGGCGCGCGAGCAGUUCGAGGAGCUGUUUGCGCAGCUGGUGGCGGCCAUGGCGGACGCGCUGGAGGCGCAGCCCGCCGUGGUGGUGGAGGCGGCAGUCGUGCUCAACGGGGGGGCGCUCAGACAGAUCCUAGCCAGCAGGGACCUCUUCGAGCAGGAGGCCAGCGAGCUCUUUGCUGACUGGGACGCCACCAACGCAGGCCACCUCUCACGCGCUGAUGUCAUCAGUGGGCUGCGGCGACUGGGUCUGGCGUGGGGGCUGCCGCCGCAGCAGGUGGGGGAGAUGGAGGGGCUGUUCGCAGACCUCUUUGCCGCGGCGGACAUGGACGCCAGUGGCUCCGUGGACCGCGCCGAGUUCUCCGCGCUGCUCUUUGCGCUGCUCUCGUCCAUCGCGCAGCAGCUGGAGCGCAACCCCAUCGCCCUCGCCGUGGCCGUGCUGGACGACCUGCCGGUGGGCGGCGAGGUGCUGGACGGGCGCAAGCUGCAGGAGCUCAUGGCGGACGAGCAGCAGCUGGACGCCUUCCUCGCCGCCAGGUUCGACGUGCUCGACGCCAACAGCGAUGGCCGCCUCUCGCGCGCCGAGCUGCGCCCCGCGUUCCUCAAGGUGGCGGAGCUGCUGGGGCUGCCGGCGCCGGGCAGUGAGGAGCAGGUGGACGCGUUUGUGGCGGGCAUGUUUGAGAGCGUGGUGUCGCGCGACCCCAACGACACUGUGGACUGCACCACCUUCGUGGUGCUCGCCAAGCAAGUGCUUGCCACCAUCGCCCGCACACUCAAAGAGGACCCGCUGGUGCUGUUCUCGCUGGACGGCGCACGGCUGCGGCAGCUGCUGGCGGCGGAGGCGGAGGCGGAGUUUGAGGGCAUGGCGGGGGAGGUGUUCGCCGCCAUCGAUGCAGACGGCAACGGCGUGCUCUCCUUCUCCGAGCUCAGGCCCGCGCUGCAGGCCAUGGGGCUCGCCAUGGGGCUGCCGCCCGCUGGACUGCGGGAGAACGCGGACACGGUGGUGGCGGACGUGGUGGCGGAGUACGGGCAGGGCAAGCGCGAGCUGAGCCGCGCGGACUUCAGUGCGCUGCUGCGCGACAUGCUGGGGGACGUGGCGGCACGGCUGGAGCAGCACCCCGUGGUGGUCGGGCACACGGCCACCGUGCUCAACGGCUCGCGCCUCAGGAAGCUGCUGCAGAGUCCGGAGCAGCUGGAGGCGGUGGUGGACCGUCUGUUCCGCGACUGGGACGUACAGCAGCGCGCCAAGCUGUCGUGCGCGGAUCUCACCGUGGGGCUCGCAGGGCUGGGCGCGUCGCUGGGGCUGCCGCCGCCAGCGGCUCGGGAUGCGGAGGGGUUCUACCGGGAGCUGUUCGUGGCGGCGGACAUGGACGAGAGCGGCUUCGUGGACCGCGCGGAGCUGCGCGAUAUGCUCACGGCGCUGUUCCAGAAGCUGGCGCUCGAGCUGGAGCAGAAGCCCGUGCUGCUCGAGUGCACUCUCGUCCACACCUGACAGCACGCGCCGUCACUCAUGCCCAGGGCUCCCGUUAUCAGACCAAAUCGGUCUGAUGGUCUGAAAAUCAGACCGGGUUUUUAUGUUUCAUCUGAUUUUUUGACGAGCCAAAUAUAUUCGUCUGAUCGUUCAGACAAGUUAUAAGAAUUCGUCUGAAACAUCAGACUAGGUGUACACUUUCAUCUGAUUUAUCAGACCGGCCGCGUCCAUUGGGGCAAGGCCAGGAAGGAACUCACCAGCUUCACCACGAUCAUGUCAACGCACCAUGACGACCUCGACUUCCACGCUGCCCUAAAGCACAUGCUCUCAAGCGACGACUGGAAGAUGGCCUACCCCAACAUUG